AUGGUGACCCCGACGCGCUCCUCAGCUUCGCGGAGAAAACGCAACUCCACUACGCAAGCUCUAGAUCUUCUCAACAGCGUCAUGAAUAGAAAUGCUUCGGUCGCGGAGGAUCGCCAAACGCAAAGUGCCCGCCCGGCUCGUCAAUCGAGGAACAUCCCAAGAGCGCCACGGAGGGAUCUCUUCGAGAUACCGAACUCCCCUGAACAACCCAGAAACAGGUCAUCGCCCUUGGCCGUGGCUGCGCCGUUAACUCCACGUCGAUCAACGCGCAUAUCUAGGCCUCAGGCAGAUAUUCAGAAUGGCUCGUUUCGGACGCCUGCUCGGACCCAACGCGUGCCCGUCGUCUACAAUAAUGAGGAUAACGUGGGGGGAGAGGAACCAAGCCAGACCCCUCACGAAGAAACCGACAAUGCGCCCGUUAAUGAGGACGAGGGUCCAAACAGUCUUGAAUAUGAGGGUAAUGAAUUAAUUGGAAAUUUUGAUCUCUUUUCGGAAGCCAAUAGUUCCCGUCACUCGCGAAGCAUGUCACCUUCAGUUUUCCUGACUCAAGAACUUGAACAGAGCGGGUGGUUUGAGUCAACGCAAUCCCCUAACAAAAUCGAAACUCUCAAGCGGGCUCCAGAAUCCAUUGCCAGUGACAAACCAGUUACACGGAAUUCAUCAAAAACUCAAACACCUACCUCAGAAGCGGUCUUGCCAGGCCCCUCGGUCGUGAUCCAUACGCGCCCAAACAACGUGCUCGAAACAUCCUUAGCAAAGGAGCAAUCAACCCGGGGCCAUCCAACCUCUUCACCCGCGAAGGAUGAUGAUGGUGACGUGGAGAUGGACGAUGGGGAGCAAAUAAUGAGUUUGGAGCAUGCGGAUAGUGAUGGUGAAAGUCCAGAUGAGGCGUCAUCCGACUCGUCCCUUUUUGUACGUCAGGACUCUCCAAAUCAAGCAUCCUUGUCAGCAACUCGGUCUGGUAAACUUCGGAAACCCCCAAAUACUCGCGCACGUCGGACCAGAAGCUCAGGUACUACGUCCGAUGUCCAUACUGAGUCGACGCCUGAAAAGUCCCCUGUCGCCCAGGAUGGGCCGAGCCCAGCAAGGCGUCCAGUUGACCAUCAGAUAAAUCGAACACCCACGUCAUCGCUGAGGCUUUCAGUUAGUGGAGCAAAACCCGCAGGACCCAACGGACCCUUAGUCAGUCGACGAAUAAGGAACCGAAAUAGUCGCAUAGUUGCGAAUUACAACAAUAAUGAAACUGUCGAAAACCCUGCGCCGAAGAGCAUAUACCCUCGAUGCAAAGAAGCCAUGAAGCUUGGACAGCAAGAGCACAACUGGAAAGCCUUGAUCGACGAAGCACGCAAAAUGAAGCAAAAAGCUAAGUCGAUAACGAGGUGUGGUUUUUUAAAGUAUACUAUCGAGUUUGUUGACGACUUACAAUGUUGGUACGAGGACCUAUACAAAAACUCAGAACGGCCCCAGAGGCUGUCGUCGCGGGACUCACAGAAACACAAGAGACAUCUUGAUCGGAUUUUGUGUGAAGGGGAUAGUGCACUGGAUGAAGUUUACAAUCUCGUUAUGGAACACGAGGAAAAACAAGGCCACAAACUAUUCCAAGACUUCGAAGCACGAGUCAUUCCAGCCAUUAUAAAGCUGGUUCUCACCAUUUUCGACGCUUACCAUUCUAGUCCCAGAUCUCUUUCCAGCAUAUACGACCACCUACACAGUGCCCUGAACAAACUAGCCCACCUUUGCAAUCGGAUGACGAGUUUGGCAAAGGAAAGAUACGUUGAAUCGUCCCCCUGCACUCAGAAAUUACGAGAGCCCUUGCAGAAGCUCAUAGAAGCUUCAGAAAUACGCUCGCUAGAAAGCACCCAGUUGGAUGCCUCUGACUCGAGCGAAUCAGAUGGUGUAGAUGACAACGGCCCCAUAGUCACCAUUCAGAAACCAUGGACCGAUGCUGAAGGAUUGGCUCUUCUUGACGGAUUGAUGCGGCAUACAGGUCCGAAGAGAUACAUUUCGAUCACCAAGGAUUUUGGCGACAGACUAGAGGGAAGGACGAUAGGACAACUGCGAGACAAGGCAGAAGAAGUCCACGAUAAUUUUGUACCUCAAAUACACGACGAAUUGCGCACGAGGGAAGGACGAGAGAAAUGGCACUGGCUGCUUAGCGUGCGCGAGUAA